AUGACUCCCAGCAUCAACCCAGAGGCGAGCCAGCCUUUCCCUGCAAGGUCCACAGUGGCCCAGAGAAAACAAGCAAACGAACUUAGAAAGACUCUCAAACCGCUGCUGGAGAAGAGGAGGCGCGCGCGCAUCAACGACAGCCUGGGUCACCUGAAGACCCUCAUCCUCCCUCUGGUGGGCAAAGACAACGCGCGCUACUCCAAACUGGAGAAGGCGGAUAUUCUGGAAAUGACCGUCCGGUUCCUCAGAGACUUCCCUUCAAACCCGAUCAAAAGCUCCGCAGACAGCUAUAAAGAAGGCUACAAAGCCUGUCUGCAGCGCGUCUCCGCUCUGCUCCCCGACACCACGCUGGACCAGGACUCCUACCGGCGGGUGAAGGACUUCAUCCAACAGUCCAUGUCUGUCACCAUUACGCCAGCCUGUCAGAACUGCUGCGCCCAGAGCUCCAGGACUUUCCCUCAGAUCCAGCAGAGACUCCUCAGCCUCAAGUCCUCCCUCAGGUCCCGCGGGGGGAGUCUCUCUAGCGGCAGCGGCAGCAGCGGCAAUGGCGCAAUGGCGCCCAAUGACGCAAACCAGCCCGGGCCUCAAGCAGCCAAUAUCCCCAUGUGGAGGCCUUGGUAG